AUUGCGGUGGUUCUGCGCAGAAAUUAGCAAAUUCUCGUUUAAAGUCACCGAAAUGUGAUUGUGUGCAAUUUACUCGUUCUCUCCGCCAUGGGAUCCCAUAACGGCGAACUCGCCCGGCCGCACCCAGCCGGAGCCAUGGACGAGCUCCCCCGGCCGCACCCCACCGGAUCCGGGCACCCAAGGCUGCGAUCCUGCCGGAGCCAUGGACGAGAUCCCCGGGCCGCAGCCCGCCGGAUCCGGGCUCCCCAGGCAGCGACCCCGCCGGAUCGCCCUCGACCGAAGCAGAUCAUGGCACGCCUCGCCCUCCGCUCCAUCUCUCUGGUACUCACUCUCUCUUCUUUUCGGUCUCUCUCUCGCUCGGUUUCCCUCACCCUCUCUUGCUGCAUAUUGCCCCCGCCGCCAUGGAGACGACGGUGUACCCAUUGGCCAUUGGAGCACAAGCGCGUAUCCUUGGCCUCUGUGCGCCGAAUUUGCCCCAGCUCCCCGUGCUCCGCCGUCUGCAAUUUCGGAGCAUUCUCUAUAAUUUCGUGAGUAUCUCUGUAAUUCUUUUGAUUUCUCGGUUAAAGUUUCGAUGGCUAUGUAUAUAGAUAUACUCAUAUAUCACUGCAUCAGGACUCCGACCUUAUACUGUUGUGCAAUGGAUGGAAAAGAUAACAAUGUGUACAAGGCAAUAUAUUUGACUUUGGUCCAUGUGUUCAUCUUUUGGGGAAUAGAUUCAUGUAGUUUUUGCACUGUCCCAAUUCAGGUUAGAGGGAGAGAUCGGGGAAAAACUAGACAUCUGGAUUACAUUCAUAUACAAGGAGAACCGUCACCUCUAGAUUUUUCUCCAACAUAACUUCAGAGAGGGUUUGCAAGGUCAGUAAUGCUUCAAUCCUUGCAUCCUUUCAUUUUUUUCAAGCUUGCACCAUUUUUUGCCUAUAGAUUUGGAGCUAACCAUAUAGCAAUAUCGUCCGGUUGCAAUUCCAGGCUUUGCAAUGCCAGGGUGCCAGUCAGAGGCAAAUCUGUUUGCCCUUCCUAUUCCAUUAUGUUCUGCUUUCUUUUUUUCCUUUGAUGCUUCUUCUCCCUGCUAUUAGUUCGAAAGACUUCCAUUGUAAAAUUGUUGCAUAUUCUUUAAUGGUAGUUUUGGUGUAGUUUUAUUGCUUCUAAUUAGACGUCAUCGGAAAAUGUCCCCACUAUUAAUUAGCCUUUUUUAACAAAUCAUGUUGCUUUACAGUCAAUUGUUUUGUCUUCUCGAUAUCCUGCAAUGUUAAAGAAUUUUGUUACUUCAAACCUGAUUGUUUCAUCUUCUUGAAAAUAGCCCCAGGUUAACAAAUUGUUUUGUUUCUAGCUCAAUAUUUUUUUUGAAGCUAUUGCAGUCCAUGUAGCUCUUAAUUACUUUGUGAUUGUUAAGGACUUGGUGUUAACAAGACAUCUCAACAUAAUCCGUUCUUUCAUAGGUCCAAUGGUACUUCCUGUCUUUUAUUUUGUUAGCUUGAACUUAAUAUUGGUAGUCAAAAGUGCACAUACAUGCACAUGCCAUCAUUUUCAGCUAGAGAUAUGUAACCUGCAGGCACACCUUUGAUUAUUUAUGGUACAGAGAUUCAGGUAUAUGUUAUUUUCAUACUGUACAAUGAUUAAGAUGUAUCAUUAGAUGAUCUUCCCCUGCUGGCAUCUUUUAUCCCAUGGUAUAGUUCUUUCUGCUUAUGUGAUCCUCAUAUUUAAAGUUAAUUUUGUUGCUUCUCUUUUGUUGCAACGGCCAGCACUCUUAUGUUUGGUAAACUACAAUCUGGAUGGUUGCUUAGAUGCCUGCCAUAGUUGCCUCCCUCUUCCCUAUGUUCUAUCCUGUUGAUAACCUCAUUGGCAUCCAAUAACCUGAAGAUGAUGUCUCGAUAGAUGUCUCGCGAUGUAUAACUGUUUGUGUCUUCAGUUGGUUUACUAUGACAUUUUAAAUAUCUUCGAUAAGAUCAAUGUGACAUUUCCCUUGGCCUUCUUGGUUGCGUGGUUGCUCAGGUGGUUAUUUACAUUGUUAUGUUAUUAUUAUUAUUAUUAUUGUGGAUUUUAUUUCUCAAUGAUACUUACUACGCUAAUUGUGGCACUAUUUGCAGACUAAGGUCAAAUCAAAGAUGUGCUUGGUCAUAUGCAAGAUUGUUUGUCAAUGGAACAACCUCAAAUAUCACAUGUGAUGAGCCAUGGUUGUUUUCAAUGCUUUCGUUGUAGUCGUGUGAUAUUGUAUUUAUCACUUACUCACCUACAUUUGAAUAGGAUGAGAAGUUUUUUACUUUGUAAUUGAUAUAGAUCUAAAUUUUAAUAAAAUGAUUGUGAAUACACAUAAAAGAUGAAAGGAGUAAAAGAAAAGGUUCCAGGGCACACGCCUGAAAGCAUAUCAAAUUUUACGGCUUGGCAAAGCCUGUUGAUUGAUACAUAUAGGUGCAUGUGCAAGGCAAAAUUUGAGGAAAAAUCUAAAUAAAUAGACGAAUUAUGUUAAGCGAACAAGCGCCUAUUCAUCUAGUUUGUUUCUAUGCUCAUGAGUUUUAGUUCAAAAUUCUCAUGUGUUUGAGACGAUGAUCUCCUUACUUUAUUUUACUGGUUUACUUUGUUGGUGAAACGAUGUAAUUGUUUUUGUUGAUCAAACAAGCUAACGGUGGGGACAGAAAGAAAUGACUGCCUCCGUCUCCUGCCGGCCGCCGCCUCCAGCCGACCGCCGCGCCCACCCCUUCCUGCUUUAGGAUCCACCGCGCUCGCCACCCACAGGCCGCCGCGAGUCGUCUCGCCUCGCCGUAGCCAACUGGGCCCACAUGGCAGUGACGGGUUGCCCUGAGGCUCGUUUCGCCUCGCGAGCUUUGCCGAGCUCGUCAAAAGCUCGGGCCGAUAUUGCAUAUUAGGCUCGACAGCACCUCGGCUCGGCUCGCCGACGGCGAGCUUUGAGCAGGCUGAUUCACAAUCGAACAGAUCGAUAGGCACCAGGGCAAUGUGCGCCAAUGUCUCACUCCAACAGCCUUUACCACUUCCUCCGUCACGUCUCCUUCCCCCCAGACCCGCAUCUCCUGCCCUCCGCGCUCAAGUCAUGCCCCGCCCAGCCCCUAGCCCGCGCGCUCCACGCGGCCGCCGUGGUCUCCGGCCUCGCGGAGGACCCCUUCGUCGCCUCCUCCCUCCUCCACUCAUACAUCCGCCUCGGCGCCACGGGAGCCGCCCGCAGCGUGUUCGACAGAAUGCCAGAGAAGAAUGUCGUCGGUUGGAGCGCACUCAUCGCUGGGUACUCUGCACGAGGGGAUGCCGAGGCCGCGUGGGGCCUCCUGGAGCAGAUGCGGAGCGCUGGUGUUGAGCCAAACGUGAUCACCUGGAAUGGACUGGUUUCCGGGCUGAACCGGAGCGGCCGCGCCCUGGACGCGGUCACUGCGCUUGUGAGGAUGCACAGCGAAGGGUUCUUUCCGGACGCCACCGGCGUCUCGUGUGCCCUCUCUGCGGUUGGGGAUGUUAAAGAGGUCUCUGUUGGCAAGCAGGUACAUGGAUAUGUUGUGAAGGCGGGGUGCAGGUUAGAUGCUUGUGUAGUCACUGCGCUCAUCGAUAUGUACGGCAAGUGCGGGCGGGCUGAUGAGAUUGUUCGGGUGUUCCAUGAGUCCAGCCACAUGGACGUUGCUUCCUGCAAUGCUCUCGUUGCUGGGCUCUCUCGGAACGCCCAAGUCUCUGAGGCAUUACUGUUGUUCAGGGAAUUUAUUUGCCGAGGAGUCGAGUUGAAUGUUGUGUCUUGGACCUCGAUUGUUGCCUGCUGUGUGCAGAAUGGAAGGGAUUUGGAAGCAGUUGAUCUUUUUAGGACAAUGCAGUCAAUAGGGGUUGAGCCGAAUUCAGUCACGAUACCUUGCGUGCUGCCAGCAUUUGCCAAUGUUGCAGCUUUGAUGCAUGGGCGGUCAGCACACUGUUUUUCUCUUAGGAAGGGAUUUCUUCAUGACGUUUAUGUUGGCAGUGCUUUGGUGGACAUGUAUGCAAAGUGUGGCAAGGCCAGGCAUGCGAGAACGAUCUUUGAUGCAAUGCCAUCUAGAAAUGUGGUUUCAUGGAAUGCGAUGAUUGGUGGCUAUGCCAUGCAUGGGGAUGCUGCAAAUGCUGUCCAGUUGUUUUGUUCCAUGCAAAAAUGCAAACAGAAGCCUGACCUAGUCACCUUCACAUGUGUCCUUGGUGCCUGCAGCCAAGCCGGCCUGACAGAGGAGGGGCGUCGCUACUUCAAUGAAAUGCAGCAAGGGCAUGGCAUUUCCCCUAGGAUGGAACAUUAUGCGUGUAUGGUUACUCUGUUAGGGCGUUCUGGCAAGCUUGAUGAGGCAUAUGAUCUCAUAAAUGAGAUGCCAUUUGAGCCAGAUAGUUGUAUUUGGGGAUCGUUAUUGGGCUCCUGCAGGGUUUAUGGAAAUGUGCUCCUGGCUGAAGUCGCCGCAGAAAAGCUAUUUCAAUUAGAGCCAGGAAAUGCUGGUAACUAUGUCCUUCUUUCCAACAUCUAUGCUUCUAAGAAAAUGUGGGACGGGGUAAAUAGGGUGAGGGAUGAGAUGAAGAAUAUGGGCUUGAAGAAAGAAAAAGGUUGUAGCUGGAUAGAGAUAAAAAACAAGGUGCACAUGUUGUUGGCCGGUGACAAUUCACACCCCAUGAUGACUGCAAUAACCGAGAAACUAAAUCAGCUUACCAUUGAGAUGAACAGGCUAGGCUUUGCACCAAGCAGAGAUUUUGUGCUACAUGAUGUGGAAGAACAAGAAAAAGACAAUAUCCUUGCCGUGCACAGUGAGAAGCUGGCUGUUGCAUUAGGCCUCAUAAGCACACGCCCAGGAACACCCCUUCGGGUGAUAAAGAACCUCCGGAUUUGUGGUGACUGCCACGAAGCAAUGAAGUUCAUAUCAUCUUUCGAGCAGAGGGAGAUAUCUGUUAGAGACACUAACAGGUUUCAUCACUUCAAGGAUGGGAAAUGUUCUUGUGGGGAUUACUGGUGAUUUUGCCUACUCUGCUCUAUAAUUAGUCGAACAACUUGCUGUGGAAGGUCAAAUGAACAUGCAUGCGCCCCUACCCUAGGAUGGAUUUUUAUUCACAAGAGAAACAUUGUUUGAACCAAAACGGAUAUAUCUGAACGCCAAGAGGAAGAUAUGGACAAGGUAUCUGCAUUACUAUUGAUUCCAAGGGAAGAGGUAUGUGUCCUUCACCACUAUGAAUUAUCCUUUUUUAGGCCAUUCUGCAAAAUACCCUCUCAUAGGCAUCUACAACAUGGUAUUCUAAAGUUUGUGCCACUCUCAAGAUGCUGGCUACACAAAAGGCAACAUGCACACUUCCUUUUGGCGAUGGGUGAUGGUUCAAAAAGGCAGAAGUGGAUACAAUUCAUUUCCCCAAUUCUUUCUCUAUUUACUAUAACUAUAAGUAUGGAUGGCCACAAUAUUCUUCACAGUUCUUUCUCUCUUUACUUUCACUACUGAUGUCCUCAUAUGACCUUAGAUUCUUAGUCUAUUUCGGUUAUUUGUGAGCUGUGUUAUAGAUCUAACUAAAGUAAUACAAUAUGUGAUGCUUUAUGUCAUAUGGAAAUUCCUAAUUUUUUUCAUUUUUUAUGGAUGUUGAUUUGGUUUUUGCAUGGCCUUGCACACACCACAAAGAAUAGAAUACUGGAUUCAUAUCUUUUGUGCUUUAUGCAUAACCUCAAAAUUAUCAUAUGGAAGAUAUCCACCAUUGUUCGCUAUAUUACACUUUUUAUUACCUUGAAGCUGUAUGCUUUUCCUCUACCAAAAAGAGCCUCAUAAUUAUUUGUAAGGCAUAUAUGUUUAUUUUUAAGCAUAUAAGAUAAUACGUAUUGGAGAAGAAUUUUUUAUUCAGUGUAAAUAAAGCUAUUCUGGCGAUAUGGAGAAAACUGAGGGUGUUGUUCAGUUGAGGAAAUUAUGCGAUACUGGAAAAAUGGAUGUUGAAACUUCAAUCUUUCUAAAUAUUAAUUUUAACUGAUUUAAGGUCCAGAGUUUGUGUAUACAUUGUUUCUCUACCUUCCAAAAUGCGCAUAUAUAGUUCUCUCAAAAUCUGUGCAGCUUAGAUUGUGUAAAGUUAUAAGUUAGAAGCCGACUGAUCGGAAGGCGUGAAAUCUUUGUCCCCUUUGUACUAGAUGCCUAUCCAUUUUUUGGGGUUCAAUCCAUGGAGUAUUACCAAUCUAACAUCGAAUAUGAGCUACUAAGUCAUGUGUUUUAUCACACGCAAUUUAUAGAAGAAUCAGAGAUUUGUUCAGCCGACUAAAGCAGUGAAACGUAAUUUCCUGCUAAAUGCACUAUUUUUUGCUUUUAGUCUGACUUAGCCCAUCCUUGGUGAUAUCAUUGUCAUGCUGAAGAUUGAAUCCACUUGUUUCCAGUAACAGAGGCCUACAUUUUUAGGACCUAGCUUUUCGGAUUAGUGGCGGAGAGGGGCUAGGGAGUAGGUAAUGUUUACUCAGUGCUUCAUGCCAUUGCUGUUGGCUUUGAAUGUGAUCUCAAUCAGAUGUAGUUGAGUUGGUGGGUUUCCUUUUUCUUUGUGGGUGCCGGUUCAUAUGAUCAGUUUUGGAGAAGUGACUUGGUGUAUUUUCAUAACUGUUAUUUUAUUUGUUGCUGUUGUUUAGAUUGAUUCUUUCCAAAUGUUUAUCUGAUCUAUCGACAGGUUAGUGUCUCGUGUUGGAGGUUCGGUUGAUUCGGCGGUGCUCUGCAUGUAUCUUUCUUAUCUAUCUCCCUUUCUUUAUUGUCAUCUCUUUCUUGUGCUGGUUGGUAAAAGCUUCACUGCAUCUUUCCUCUCUUUGGUAACAUACUUACCCAGGAGUAAGGAUUCCGCCUUUUUUCUUAAUUUAUAUUUGUAUUAUGAAUUUUGUGAAGAGUAUGCUUUCUUUUGUGAUAUUAGUAUUACUAUUCUUCAGCCAACACAUACGUCGCUAAUGGCAAUGCAUUUGACACAUCAUGUAAUAUUUUGGCACUUAAUAUGGGCCAGAGGCCGGAGAGUAUAUUAAUGUCUCAGCUGUACAACUCAGUUUGUUUUUUUCUUCUUGGAGCUUGAAAGCUGAUAACAGAUCAUGUUUAAUGAUAUAGCAACUGCUAGGUUUUUUUAUGUGAUAUAAUCAUGUCGAAACUAUGGACUAUUUCUGAUAUGCUUGUCGUUUUUCAGGUGUAAUUUCAAACAGAAUCUCAAAACCUGAAGGAUGAAUUGGGGAAAGCAAAUAGCAGAUUGCUAUCCAUGGAAGAGGUAGAUAGCUGCUCUGCAAGCUUCCAGCAACCCAUGGAACCAAUCUAACAAGUUUAUGUAAAACAGGAGCAUAAGAGGGAAAUCUAACAACUUAAGCCCCUGGUACAGAUAGCAUAAUUUGCAGGAUUUGAAUGAUGUGGUUAUGCUGGAACAGGAGGCGAAAAAUGGCAUGCACAGGAAGCUUAAAUAGGCAGAAAAUGAGUGAACUGGCGAUCGCUUUCUGUGUCGUCUUGUGCUGCCCAUAGACUCCAUUGCAGAAAGCCACACCAUUUUGAUGUAGAUUGCUUGCUUACUUCGAUGGACCCUUUCAGUUUAGGGAUAAUGAAAAAAGAACUGUUUUUUGGGCUUGGAUUUGUUUCUUGAUUGCAUGAAGUUCCAGCAUGUGCAACAGGGCGGUUUCGCUGGGACACGACACCCUCGGGCUGCUCGAUUCCUGGGACCCGUAUGACGUCACUUGCUGCAGAUUGGGCCAUGGCAACAUGGGCAGGCAUGAGGCUUCUCUACGGAGGAAGCUGGAGGAGCAGCAGCCAGCAGCGGAGCUGGAAGCUGGAGCAGGCCAUCGAGCUGCAGGGCUGCCGCUUCACGGGGCUGCUGUUCCUCGACCUCUAGAGCAGACCUCAAGAGCUGAUUGGUGGUGCAAAAAUGUCAAACCAGCUUUCGCAUCGACACUUUACUACAUUGCAUGUACUGUCUGUGGAUGAACUGAAUUGGUGCGCAAUGACAGUAGUCUUAGUUAGGAGGCCUAACCUUUCAUCUUCCAACAACUAGGUAACUUAGUUAAAUAGAUUUGACGAGUAGUGGGUGUGAAAUGGAUUUACCCUAAGGUUACUAUUGUUUCGCAGAUUUAUAAGAUGUCAUGGAUCAAUAACUGUAGAAUUA